AUUGACGACUCCACGGCUUCCGGAGUCUUACGUGAGAAGCUCUAAAGCUUCUUUAAAAAUGGCUUUUUCAACUCUUUCAAUGCCAAGACUUCCAUUACUUCUCCAUUUUCAAAGACCAAAGCUUUCAUUUUUAACCUCAAAUCUCCAAACCCCAUUUGACCAAUUUCCUCAUUUGUCAACUCUAAACCCUAGACAUCAUCAGAGAUCAUCAAUGAAAGCACAAGCAUCAGUGUCUGAUCUUGGAAUUGUCGAAAGAGCAAUUCAAUUGGUCCAAUCUUCACCACCCACGUGGCAAUCUGCUUUGCUGAGUAAUAUCAUCAUCUUUACUUUGGGUUCUCCACUUUUAGUCUCUGGUUUGUCACUUUCUGGUAUUGGGGCUGCUUUCUUGCUUGGUACUCUUACUUGGAGAGCUUUUGGGUCUUCUGGGUUUCUUCUUGUUGCCACAUAUUUUGUUAUUGGCACAGCUGCGACUAAGGUGAAAAUGGCUCAGAAAGAGGCUCAAGGGGUUGCAGAGAAGAGGAAAGGAAGGAGAGGACCUGGAAGUGUGAUAGGCUCCAGUGCAGCCGGUUGUGUUUGUGCAUUCUUAUCAAUUAAUGGUGUUGGUGGGGAGGCAUUUACUCGCCUGUGGGAACUUGCAUUUGUAGCCAGUUUCUGUACCAAGUUGAGUGAUACUGUCUCGAGCGAGAUAGGAAAAGCAUAUGGCAAAACUACGUAUCUUGUCACCACAUUCAAGGUAGUGCCUCGGGGCACUGAAGGGGCUGUGAGUGCUGAGGGAACCUUAGCUGGGCUUCUUGCUUCAGUUCUCCUUGCUUUUGUUGGUUAUCUAAAGGGUCAGAUUAACAUACCUGGGGCUGCGAUAUGUGUAGUUGCCGCCCAGAUAGCAAACUUUGGUGAAAGUCUAAUAGGCGCUUCACUUCAAGAGAAAGAAGGAUUUCGUUGGCUAAACAAUGAUGUUGUCAACGUCAUCAACAUAUCCUUGGGAAGUAUCUUGGCUGUCCUAAUGCAGAAAAUAAUACUCCAAAGUUAGCUAACUUAAAUCUAUGCACAUACUUGUAGUGU